GUGUUUAUAAACGAGCCAAUAACUGGUUAUCUAUUGCUUGAACUUUUGUUUUGUUUUCAUCUAUAUUUUCAAGCUUCAAUCAUAACCCAUUAUAAAAUAGUAGCAUGUUUUCGUGUAAGAAUUUCCACAGUACACACCUACCAACGACUUUGAAGUUUCUUCUAAAUGCCUGCCUUAGAUUCCACACUAUUACUCUUCUCUUCUCUCCUCUUCAUUCUUUUCAAAUCCCCAUAACCAAAUGAUCCUUCCAAUCUCCAUCCAUUACAUUAAGCCUCAACUAUGUAUUAUUACCACAAUCUUCUUCUUUGCUACCACUGUUCUAUCUUCUAAUCCAAAAUUUAAGGCCUGCACACCAAAAAGUUGUGGAAAUGGCCCAUCCAUUAGGUAUCCCUUCUGGAUUUCUUAUGAACAGGAAUCAUUUUGUGGCUAUCCCCACUUUGAGAUCACUUGCAUGGACAAAAAUCCAAUUCUCAGAACUCCUAGUUAUGAUUUUCUAGUCAAAGAUAUCUCUUAUUCUAACUCCUCUUUUACUGUGGGCAACAUGGCUGCCUAUGAGGACAAUUGUCCUGUUCCCUUAUAUAAUUACAGCUUUCAUCAAACUCCCUUUACCUACAGUUCAGAAAAUUGGAAUCUCUCUUUCUUCUACAACUGUACCACAGAACCCAUAGAUUACCCCACUUACAAAGUAGAUUGUGCUAGAAAUGCUUCACAUUAUUCUUUUGCGGUUUUUCAUGAGGAGGCACUAGAGCACAAAAACUAUUCCUUGAAUAGGUGUCAGUUUAUGGUUAAUGCGCCAUUUAGCAUGAAUGCUUCCGUUAAUUUCACUGGCUUAUUGAGAAUGAAUUACAUUGAGAUUUUGAAGAUGGGGUUUCUUUUGAAUUGGACUGCACCUGAUUGCAAGUACUGUGAGAAAAGUGGUGGGCGUUGUGGAUUUGAUGGCAAUCAGUUUCUCUGUUUCUGCAAGGAUAAGUCCUACGUAAAAAGUUGUGGUAGUGACAAAUUGAAUUGGCAUCGGAAAAUCAUUAUAGGUGUUUGUUCUGGUGUGGUGGGACUUAUAUUGGGCAUUUGCGUCUAUAUUUGUCUUCGUAGAAGGAAGAAUAGUUAUGUAAUGUCAUAUAUACAAUCUCGGAGCCUCUCUUCUGAUCCAUCUUCAAAAGACACUGAGAAGGGAAGUCAAAGCUUCACCCAAAGCAUUAUACCUGGAGUUCAUCUCUUCUCCUAUGAAGAACUAGAAGAGGCCACAAAUUACUUUGACCCAUCUAAAGAACUAGGAGAAGGAGGCUUUGGGACAGUGUAUUUUGGCAAACUGCGAGAUGGCCGUUCUGUUGCAGUGAAGAGGUUGUAUGAGAACAACUACAGGAGAGUUGCACAGUUCAUGAACGAAAUCAAAAUCCUAACUCGCAUAGAUCAUCCAAAUCUCGUGAAGUUAUACGGAUGCACCUCUCGCCACAGUCGUGAACUUCUCCUUGUAUAUGAGUACAUUCCCAAUGGAACUGUUGCAGACCAUCUUCAUGGUCAACGAUCUAAACCCGGAACACUCCCUUGGCAUAUCAGAAUGAAUAUUGCUGUGGAAACUGCAAGUGCACUGAAAUUUCUUCAUCUCAGAGACAUCAUCCACAGAGAUGUUAAAACCAACAACAUUCUUCUUGACAGCAACUUCCGUGUCAAAGUGGCAGAUUUUGGACUCUCGCGUCUUUUCCCACACCAUGUCACACAUGUUUCAACAGCUCCACAAGGAACUCCAGGUUAUGUGGAUCCAGAGUACCACGAGUGUUACCAGCUUACUAACAAAAGUGAUGUCUACAGUUUUGGAGUGGUGCUGGUUGAACUGAUAUCAUCCCUUCCUGCUGUUGAUAUCACAAGGCAUAGACAUGAGAUCAAUUUGGCCAACAUGGCCAUUAACAAGAUUCACAAUCAGACACUGCAAGAGCUUGUGGAUCCAAACAUUGGUUUUGAAUCAGAUUUCAAGGCAAGGAAAAUGAUCAGUGCUGUGGCUGAGUUAGCAUUUCAGUGCUUGCAGAGUUCCAAAGAGAUGAGGCCUUCCAUGGAAGAAGUGGCGGAGACUCUGAAGGAUAUACAGAGUGAUGGGAAGAGCAAAAGCCAGCCUGAGGUAAUGGAUAUCUCAAGCACUUCUGAUGUUGUUGUGUUGCUGAAGGAUGACCCUCCUCCACCAUCACCUGAUUCUAAUGCUAUGAGCAAGACAACAACACCGAAUACUAGUGGAUAAGAGGACCUUUUUUUCUCACUUUGAUCUGAUUAACGUUGUCCAAGUUUAUGUCAGCAGAGUUAUUAACAUCACACUGGCAGCAUCCACCCUGUUACAGUCUUCAUUUUGUCAUCUUCUAAUGAGGAUAAGUUUUAAGAUUGAGAUGUAAAUAUAGAUUGCAAAGCUGCUUUGGGUAUGAAAUUUCAUCUUUUUAAAUAAAUAUAGCUAUAUAUAAUUAAAUUGUUUUGGUUUA